UGAACAAUGUCACUCAUACUGACUGUGCAUUUUCAUUUACACGGUUCAUUGAUAUUUCUCCUGCUGAACUCAGUUCUGUGGCUUUGACUGGACUCUUAGCUAGGACACUUCAGCACAAUGGAUUGCUAUUAGUGCAAACUUUGCCUACUGUCAAACCUUGUGCCUUACCACCCCUGGUUUUCACAGAUCCCUGUAGUUCUGUGUACACCCUCACCACCCACCUACUGCACUGUAUGCCUGAGACUACGCAGCAUCGACAGAUAAGGCUUCAGAAGCUAAUAGCUAAACAUAAUCAGUCACUUUCUGUCCCCGGUAGUCCUUCAUUGUCACCUCCAUCUUUGAAGGUAGUUUCUGAACCUUUGAGAGUCUACUGCUGUGACCCCAGUGCUAUAUGGUGGCAAAAAUAUAAUGAGAGGUGUGGAGACCCCAGAGCCUUCCGGUGGAUCAUGUAUGGUGAUCCUGAUGCUACACUAGUGUCAGUACAUCAGGCAGCAAAUCAGUUCAAUCCUUUACCACCAGGUGGACUCUGUGUCAUUCAGCCUAUGGAUGGCUGGUCUCGUAUUCUUAUACCAGAUAAAGAAACCUUGGUCACUGAUUCUGGAAAACUCGAUGUCCUUGAUGAUCUCCUAAUGAGGCUGAAAGCUGAAGGCCACAGAGUACUUAUCUACUCCCAAAUGACUCGCAUGAUUGAUCUCCUAGAGGAGUACAUGUGGCAUAGGAAACAUACGUAUAUGAGGUUAGAUGGUUCGUCCAAAAUCUCCGAUCGCAGAGACAUGGUUGCUGGAUUUCAGACAAGGUCAGAUAUCUUUGUGUUUCUGCUGAGUACCAGAGCUGGAGGACUGGGUAUCAACUUGACGGCAGCAGACACGAUCCAGAGGAUGGUUAUCAGUGGUGGUAACUUUAAACCUGAUACUCUGAAACCCAAAGAAGUGGUGUCACUCUUGUUGGAUGAUGAAGAGCUAGAAAAAAAGUUCCGACAACGACAAGAGGAGAGGAGAAAAGAACAAGAAGAAGCUAACGUGGACAGUGGUCAGAGGAGAAAAUACAAAGGUGCUAAAAGAGGUCCAAAGCCUAAAAGAAAAAAACUGGAAGAAAAUAUUACAACCCCUGCACCCUCUGACCCUGCCACACCCACCCAUCAAGAUGGAGACUCUGUUCUAAGUGUGGAUUCAGUUCCUCCAAGUCCAUAUAGUGAGUUAUCGGUGAAUAGUUUGGCAAUGGCUCAUGAUGACACCAGUAGUGAGGGUCCUCUAGUGGUGGAUGAUGGAAGCCCAUCUGUACCACCACCAACAAAAGUUACUUCAAUUUCAGCGUGA